UUUCUAUCAAGAGAAAGUGAUUACUACUCCAAAUGGAAAGCCAACAAACGCAGCUUUUCUGCAAGCUACUUUCUCAAACAGAUAUCAAUGUGAGGCUUUCAGUUCCGAUGGAAAGUUUUGGUGCCUUUGAGUUUGCAGAGGGUGAAUUCAAGGUAGAUUUCAAAGCCAUAGACAUCGAGGAGAAGCCAUGGAGGUUUCGCCUCUCCAAAAGGGAGAAUGAUGUCCACCCCAAACCGGUGCUGUCCGCUGGAUGGCGUGCUUAUGUUCAGAAAAAGCGUCUUCGGAAAGGUGAUAAGCUCCUUCUCCACGUUGAACGUAAAGAGAAGGAAAAGAGAUACCGAAUUCGAGCGCUGAGAAAAGCCUUCACGCUUUGGGGAUCGGACAUUUGGGUCGACGUAGAGAAGUCAAAGAAAGAUGUCUAGGGAGUUCCGCCCAUGAAAGUUCUUUGACGGGAUUAGAAGGUUCUACUACAUACCUCAUGAUUCUGCUUUUUCUGUUAAUUAGAAAAUAAUACAGUGUAUAAUAUUUAGAGUCUGGGAUGGAAUCAUCGGAUCAUGGGAUCUAAUUAAUAAUCAUGAAAAUAUAUGUCUAGCUAGCUUAGUUUAGUUAAAACAGUGUACGGCUUUCUUAAAGUUUGUUUUUUCUAAUUUAUUGGUAUUGUGCUCAACUGGUUGAAUCUACACUAUGUAUAUAUCUGCACUGUAGUUUUUACAUUAAAAAUGAAUGUUGAAAUGAAACAGCCUCUUGUGUUUCUGUGGAAGAAUCAGAUGAUGCUCAGAAUAUUAAAAUAUAUGUGAUCGUUUUCA